CGUCUCUCAAAACGUUUUGCUUACCUUUUUCUGGGCAGUGUUAAUCUUGAAAAUGUUUUAUGGUCUUUAAUUUCUAUAUUGUGUGCGUCCAAUAACUAGGAUUCAACAUGAAGUUAAAUGUAUCGUAUCCUGCCACAGGCAGCCAAAAAUUGUUUGAAAUUGUAGAUGAACAUAAGCUGCGUGUAUUUUACGAAAAACGUAUUGGUACUGAAGUUGAAGUUGAUAUACUUGGUGAUGAAUGGAAAGGAUAUGUUCUAAAAAUAUCUGGUGGCAAUGAUAAGCAAGGAUUUCCCAUGAAACAAGGUGUUCUCUCUAAUGUCCGAGUACGGUUAUUAUUGUCAAAGGGACAUUCUUGCUACCGUCCACGAAGGGAUGGUGAACGCAAGAGAAAAUCCGUGCGUGGAUGCAUCGUUGAUUCCAAUCUUAGUGUUUUAUCUCUGGUUGUGGUCAAAAAAGGAGAAAAGGACAUUGCUGGUUUAACAGACACAAAUGUUCCUCGUCGUCUUGGACCUAAGCGUGCAAAUAAGAUCCGUAAAUUAUUCAAUUUGCAAAAGGAAGAUGAUGUACGUAAGUAUGUGAUCAAAAGGCCUUUGCCGAUCAAGGAAGGAAAGACAAAACAAUAUUUCAAAGCACCCAAAAUUCAACGUCUUAUUACUCCAGUCCGCCUUCAGCGUAAACGUCAUAACUUGGCAUUGAAAAAGAAGCGUUGUUUGAAACGUAAAGAACAGGCUGCUGAAUAUGCUAAGCUUCUUGCACACAGACAAAAGGAAAAGUUGGCAAAGAAACGUGCUGAACAGACUCGUAAACGUACAAUGUCUCAAUCAUCUGUUUCUAGCUCUGGUACUAAGAGUAGUAAAAAAUAAAACUGAUUAAAUAAAUUUAUUUUUAAUCUUA